ACGGUGGAGGCGGAGUGCGCAUGUGUGGUCUGCGCACUACCGGGAGUUUGUCUGGGCCUGGGUAGAGACGAAUCUUACCGAAGGCUGAGAUGCAGGGCUCCGUGAUCCGGCGUACACAAGAGUUGCUGGGGCGCGUGAUUCGAAAACCACCUCUUACAGAGCGCCUUCUCAGCAAGCCGCCUUUCCGCUACCUGCACGACGUGAUCAGGGAGGUAAUUAGAGCCACUGGUUUCAUGAAAGGAUUGUAUACAGAAGCAGAGAUGAAAUCUGAUGUUAAAGAUAAAGAUGCAAAAAUCAUCUUUCUUCAGAAAGCAAUUGAUGUGGUCAUCAUGGUGACAGGAGAAUAUUUGGCAGUGAAACCUGCACGUGUUGUUGCAGGACAUGAGCCUGAAAGAACAAAUGAAUUUCUCCAAGCAAUUGCUAAAUGCUGUCUCAAUAAGCUUUCCAGUGAUGAAGCUGUUCAGAAAAUACUUGCUGAAGAAAAAACUAUUAAAGAAAAGACACUAUCUUCAUCUAAAUCUCAAAACACAGAAUCUAAAACAGAAGAAUGUAGAUAUCAUAAAGAGGGAAGAAGUGACUCUGGAAUAAAGGACAAAAGCACAAUUCAGGACCAAAAAGACAAAGAAGAAUUGAAAGAGGAAGAAAGCAAGCAAAGAGAAAGUGAAAAAUAUAAAGAUGAUGAAAAUUAUCCCAAUAAUUUUGAUAAAACUGUUAAUGAAAGUGAAAAACAUGAAAAAGAGAGAAUCAAAAAUAGAUUAUCCAAAUCAGGAAGAGAGCCAGAGAAAAUUAGAGACAAAGAAAAAGGAGAAGGGGAAGGAGAAAAAGAAGAAUGUGAUAAAGACAUAGACAAGGAAAGGAAACAAUAUGAGGGAGGAAGAGAAAAAGAGAGAUUAAGAGAAAAAGAUAAACCUAGAGACAGGGAUAAAGAUUAUGAGAAAGUCCGAGACAAGGGCAAAGAAAAAGACAAAAGGAGGGAAAAAGGUAAAGAUAUAGAAACAACACGAGAAGAAAGAAAAGACAAAACAGACAAAAAGCCCACAGGAUCUGAAGAGAAUAUUGCUAAAAAACUAGCAGAAAAGUCUAUAAAUAAAGAUCAAGCUGAAUUUGAUAAAGAGAAUGAAAAUUCUGCAAGAUUAUCAAAGCAGCAUGCAACAAAAGGACCAAGACAGCGAAACAAAACUUCAAGUGAAGGUGAAUCAUUCGGUGAUGCAGAGGGAGAUGUUUUGAAUGCUGGUACAACAGAAAAGAUUUCUGAAAAUAAUGAAUUUACAAAUGAAAUUCCAUCUCAGAUCACUCAAAGAAGGCUACCACGACCCAGCAGUGCACGACCAGCUCCACCCCGUAUAAAACGACAACAAAGUACAGAGAUUUUAAUUCCAGAAAGAAAUGGCAGUGCCAAAAUGGUAUCAAGUGUUAUUAUAGAUAAAGAAGAAGAAGAGGAUGACCAGUUUAUAGUGAAAGCAGAACAGCAGCUACCUGAAAUAGCAGAACUGAAAAUGGAGGCAACGGUAGAGCUUGAAGGAGAUGAGAAACAUGGUAGCCUUGUCCAAAGAAUAUUGGAAACAAAGAAGGAUUAUGAAUUGUCACAGUUGCAAAAAUCUGCUGAAAAGGAGAAGCCACUUUUGUCAGAAGCAGCAAAGAGAAAAGAAAAAGAUUUAGUAACUAAAGAAAUAGAGAAAUUUUGUGGCUCUAUUCAGGCCCUUUGUCGGAGUGCUCUCCCUCUUGGUAAAAUAAUGGACUAUAUUCAAGAAGAUGUAGAUGCCAUGAAAAAUGAGCUUCAGACAUGGCAGAAUGAAAAUAAAGAACUUGAAGAGACCCUGCAGAAGGAACAAGGAAUCACAGAUGGUGUUGUGGAACCCUUAAAAAUAGAACUUACUGAGUUGGAUCAAUUGAUCAAAGAUGAAGAAGACAAGAUUUAUACUAAGAGAGCUAAUGUUUUAAGAAACAAUGAAAAAAUUCAGAAGAUGGUUCAUAUUAUCAACUCAAGAAGGUGAACAGUGGAAGGCUGGAACCUAUUACAUUGUUUGCAAAUAAAAUUACAAUACAAUAGCUUAUACAAUUUCAAGUAUUUGAACAAUUGUGAAUGGUUUUUUUUGGAAAAUACUGGUUGUAGUUUUUAAAGUGCAAAAUAUUUACUGUAUUUAAUCUGUUGUGGUUGGUUUUUCUGCUACUAUCAAUACCCCUAAUUUGUGGCUUUCUGUUCUGUAAGACAUUAUUUUUCUUUAUACAGAGUAUGGAAUUUGAGAGGGUUGCAGUUGUGAUUAUCUUAGAAUCCUUGGAAAAUUUGUAUUGGAAUUCUUGCAAGUUCAGGAAAAACACUGUAUACCUUUGUGGUAUCGUAAGGAACAAAAAGUAAGACGUUGACCCCAUAAGAAAAUUUGUAAUGAAAUUCUUACAGCUCAAGAUAAAAAUGCAGUUUAUCUUUGUUUAUUUAAGACAUCUUGUAACAUAGAGAAAACAAGAUAUUGAUCUGAACUUAUUGGUUACAUUUGCAAUGUACAUUUACAUCCUACUUCUCUCUCUUUCGCUCUCUCAUUUUCUUUCUCUCAUAUUCUCAUAUUAAAUCAUUCCAAAAGAAUUAGAAUAUGGAAAUUGCAUACAUUUAUGCUUGGGAGUGUGGAUUUUGCUGUUCCUAUAUAGUUUUAAAAUGUCUUUGCGGUAUUUAAUUUAUGGGAGUCACAAAUAAUGGAAAACUUGCUGGCCAACCAAAUUAUAUGGUUUCUAGGACACUAACUUCAUUUAAUGUCAUCUUAGAUUUUGGAAGGAAUGUGUGUGCGCAAAUCUUUAAAAAAAAUACAGCACUUCAAUCUAGCAUGGUAAUGCUUGUUCUAAGAAUACUUUCUAAGAUCCUCAACCUUGUGAAGUCCUGUAAAUUUAUAAUUACCAUUUAAAAAUAGCACAACCCAAAAGUAAGGAUUUCCCUUUCCACAACUCAGUUUCACAUUUGAAAGAUACCCGAGACAACCUAUCUUGAAGGGAGUUUGACAUCUGUCUUCUGUCUCUCUGAUGAAUUGAUGAAUAUAAAUAUAAACUGAAUGUUUUUUGUUUUUUGAAACUAUAUUUGUUAAUGAAUUGAUUUAAGAAAAUUCAUUUUUCCAUUUGGAAAUCUAUCAUUUCUUUGCUGGGUUAAGUAUACUUUACUAGAUGUGGAGCAGAAAGGUAAUUUAAUAUGUGCAUAUUGAAGGAGAGGGGUUGAUUAAUAAAUAUAGAAGACAGUCCUAAUGGUUAGGGAAAGUAUGCUUGUUGCAAUAUUUAAAUUUCUACCAUACAUUGUCCUACAUUUUAUCCAUAUGAUUCUCUAAAUUUUGAUUGGAAAUAAGUUUUAAAUAACUGAAAUAAUCAUUACUGCAAAAUCAGUAAGCACUGUCUUGAUUUAAACACUUGUUUUUUUGAGUGUAAUGUUGUCUAUUAUUUUAUGUUAUAUUAAUUAAAUUGUCCUUAAUUAAGAUGCAUUCCAAAUUUCCAACUAUUUCCAACCAUUUGUUUAAAUAUAUAUCUCAAAUUAAAUAUUAUCAAAGUAGAAUACAUGUUCACUUUCCUUAAACUAUAAAUCUGUAGUUUUAGAAAACGGAUAGUUAAAAAAAAAUUGGAUCAAAUAUAUUAUCAUAGAUGUUUUUAUGCUAAAGUUGCCAUUCUUUAUAAACUACAUAUUAUUACAAGACAUUUGAAGCUUAAUAUAUCUCAAAUUUCCUUUUAUUUUCGACAUAGAUCUCUGUAGGAUUAUAUAUCACAUUGUUACAAGAGUCCAAUUUUAUCUGUCAGUAAAAUGUACAGCAUAAAAUAUCAUUUGUAUUUUAUUUUUUUCUAUAAAUUUAAUAAAUUGUCUAUUUUUGUA